AUGAAGGUCUUUUCGUCAACCUGCACCUUUGACUACUCAUGGGAUGAGGUGUCUACGGCCAACUGGCGCAAGUAUUGUCCGUGGAACGACAAGGUGACCCAUGUUGUGGGUGUAGACACACUCUCCCGGACAGUAGACCCCAAGACCGGCAUCUUGCGGACGGAGCGUCUCAUCACAUGUAACCAAUCGGUCCCACAAUGGGUCUCUGCGCUAUUUGGUGGAAGUGCCACCUCACACGUCUAUGAAGUUUCCUAUGUCGACCCGGCCUCCAAAAAAGUCACCAUGUGUUCCACCAACUUGACUUGGUCCAAUGUCUUGAGCGUUCGCGAGACUGUGGUGUACCAGCCGUCACCUACUUCUCCCACCACCAAUACCGAGUUCACCCAAGAGGCCCAGAUUACUGCCCUGUGUGGUGGUUGGCAAAAAAUCAAGAACAAGGUCGAGGAGGCGAGCGUGGAGAGAUUUCGUGAGAAUGCCAAACAUGGUCGCGAAGGCUUCGAAACCGUCCUAGAGAUGAGCCGUCGCGUAUUCGGUGAACAACGCGACCUUGAGAAGCACCUGCAGUGA